AUGGUACGGAAGCAAAUAGAGAAGUCAGGGAAGGGCAGUAGUAAGGAUUCUAAUGCUAUGGAGGAUGACACUACGACUGUGGCUCCCACAGUGACUUUUUCCAGAAAUAAUGGUUCCUUCACAAUGAAUACUGAAGCGUAUAACUAUCUGGAUGAUGCUUCCACGAUGUUUAAUGGACGCAUGCAUGCGUUAGACACUUCAUCCCAUCAGAGAAGGCUCUCAAAUGACAGAUUGGUCUCCUCACAACUGAGCCAAUGGAAUUACAAUAACAAUAGAGUGUUACUGGAUAGGGCCAUAUUACAUGUGAAAAGUUUACUACAGGAGAUUUCAAUGGAAAACGAGAAAAGACCUAUCAGUAUAAGAGAUGUUGAGAAUGAAUUAAAAGUAUUACAAUUGAAUUUCAAGCUUGACGGUGAGGAAAGUAAAGAUAUUAAUCUUGGUAGGGAAUCCUAUUCCAAAUUGUUUGAUUCACAGAUCAGACGUAGUCUAAAGCAUCUAGAGUCCUUACAGAAAAGAGUAGACGAUAUUUCAUCCAAAGUGUUCAUAACAGGUGAUGUAAAUACUGGUAAAUCAGCCUUUUGUAACUCACUUUUAAGACGAAAUCUUUUGCCAGAGGACCAACUGCCAUGUACAAAUGUAUUUUGUGAGAUAUUGGAUGCAAGGGAGAAUGAUGGGAUUGAAGAAGUCCAUGCGAUCUCAAUUGGUACCGCGACUUCCAUCCAAGAAUCAUUGCUUGUCUACAACAUUAGGGAUAGAUCCACUUACGAAAUUUACCCACUCAGUUCGCUGCCUGGACUCGUGACAAGUAGUAACAAAUAUGCACUGCUUAAAGUAUACAUAAAUGAUGACAACAGACCUCCAGAAAAGAGUUUGCUGAGGAAUGGAACAGUCAAUAUAUCUUUAAUUGAUUCUCCAGGCUUAAAUAUGGAUUCCGUACAGACUUCUGAAGUAAUGGCAAGACAAGAAGAAAUCGACUUGGUGGUUUUUGUUGUAAAUGCUGAAAAUCAACUGACGUUGUCCGCCAAAGAGUUCAUAUUGCUGGCUUCUAGAGAGAAGAAAUUAAUGUUUUUUGUUGUGAAGAAAUUUGAUAAGAUCAGAGACAAAGAAAGGUGUAAGAGGUUGAUUUUACAGCAAAUUAAAGAUCUGUCCCCAGAAUCUUAUAAGAAAUCUUCAGAAUUCAUCCAUUUUAUCAAUAAUGAUGAUGAUGAUGAUGGUGAUGACGGUGACGUUCCAGGAUCAGAUGACGAACCUGAUGGUACUGACGACGAAAAUAAUAGUGACCCAAACUUUGAUAAUUUAGAGAAUUCAUUACGUGAUUUCAUCUUAAAAAGAAGAUCACUUUCAAAACUGUUCCCCGCUAAGACAUACGUUUUGAAGAUAUUGACUGAUAUAGAGAGAAUCUCAAUUGCUAAUUUGAAAAUUUACGAUAAUGAGAAUGAAAAGAUCGAAGAAAGUUUACAUUAUAUAGAGCAAGAGCUGUACAAGAAGAAAUCGCAAUAUGAAAAGUUUACCUCAAACAUUGAUAGUUCAGCAGAAAAGAUAAUAACUUCCACGUAUAAUUUUGCUGAAUCUCGUAUCGCCAAUUUCUUAGAUAUUGCUAAUGAUGGCUUCCCCAAAUAUGAGGGUUUCUCUAAGAUUUAUGAUUUUAUCGUCUCUACGGAGGAAUAUAUCAGGAGACAGAUCAAGGACAGCACUAUCGCAAGUGAAGAUUUUGCCAAGAAGCAGACGGAGAAGGCUGUUGAACAAAUAUACAAACAAGGAAGGGAGGCGCUUGGGAAUGAGUUUAUGAGUGACCGUGUCUUCGAUAGCAGUUUAAUGUUCACAAGGAAGCAUCAUUUGUCGGCCAGGGAGCUGUCAAUUCCAUUGAGUAUAUCGGAUUUGUUUGCACCAUCUCUUAAUAAUUUCUUAACUUACGUAACUGGUGGACUUUUCACAAGUUAUGACGUUUCGGAACCGUACAUUGCUCCACAGAUUGCGCAGGAUGAAGAAGACUCGAAUGGCGGUGUCGUUUCCACACUUGGUCUAAAAAACUAUCCACUUACUCAAUAUUGGAAGACACCAUCUUUACUAUUUACGUCAAAUCUUCCAGCAUUUGCCAUAUAUUCCUUUGGUGGGUCCAAGAUAAUUAGUAACGUUAUAAUCAAUGGUAUAUCGUCCAUUUCUGCCAAGUCGCUAGAACUACUCUCGGGCUAUUUACUUCUAGGUGGGUGCCUUCUUUCGGUGUCAUACUUAAUCCACGAUUUGCCCAGAGCAUUACCUUUGAACUUGUCAGCAAAAUAUAGGUCUAAAUUGGAUCAGCUCAACUACAUGCAUCAAAAUGCAACGAGAAUAUCAAAAGAGGUUCGCAACGUAUUGAAAAUUCCAAUCAGAGAGAUGUCAAGGACGUGCGACUCAUUGCUGGACAGAGAACAGGAUUCUAUAAAGAAACUUGAGAAGAAGAAGCAGGACAACAAGAUAUCCUUUUUAUUUUUCAACCAGUUACUGGAACGAGCAAAAUCACAAAAGACAAUAAUUGAAAAAAUCGAUCUAGACGUAGAUUAG